GUGUUAUCCGCAUGCGGGCAGGUGGACUCGGGGAAUCCCCGAGCAUUGAUGCCAGUCUGAAUGGCUUGAGCAUAUCUCGCCACGCUGCUGGUGACGGCCGUGACGGCAUUGGUGGAGAUAGGAACGAUCGGUGGGCGUUGCGUUUACGGGGGUUGUCGAGAUACACUUUGCGGGAGAUUUCUUCUCAGUUGUGCAGUGGCAGCCGUUCAAAACACAAGGGUAUUUCUUACCCUUUCACUCUCACUAAUUCUCUCUGUCUAUCACUCUCUCUUUUUCAAUCUAUAUCCUUCUUAUUUCAAAUUGCAUUCAAUUUUCCAAAAAAGAAUUUUUUCUAUAUUCCUCUCCCCCCCCCAAAAAAAAAAACAUACAUUUAUAAUGAGGUGAAAAGAAACACUUUUUUUCGGCGAGUGUUUCCGGUAAUUAAGUGCCGGUAAAGGGUGCCCGGUGUGUGUGUGUGUGUGUGAUAAAGGGUUAAUUAUAAAUCCUUUGAUGUAGACAUCAAUGACGGGGGGUUCUUUGUGAACCUCGAUUAAAGUGAAAAUUCACAUCAAGAAAAAAAAGAAAAAAAUGACAAUUUGGGAAAAAUCCCACGUGACAAUAUCAGAAUUUAAAAUGAUUUUUCAAAAAUAUUAUCCUUUUCUUUUUGUUAAAAGAAUAAUGAAAAAAAUUUUCAAGGGAGAAAAUAUGUGAGAAUUAUUACAAAAAUGAGAGAACUUCAUUUGAUGGUGGUGUGUAUUUUUUUCUUUUUACACUUACGUCACGCGUUCACCAUAUCAUCGAGCAGUACGCCUUCAACGAAACUCCAACUUCCGGAAUACUGUGCUUGGAUACCGCGUAUCGAGGGUGCAAUAAAUUGCAUUUUCCAUUCCCCAAGGAACCAUUCCUUGAGAAUGAACUUCACGCAAAUCGCAAGCGACUACGUGACUUCGUUGAACAUUGCCUGUGAGAAGGCGACGGACGAUGAGGAGGAGGUUGAGGCAAAAGAGGAAACGGAUGUCGACGAGUUUCUUCGACUUUGGAAAUUACGAGCCCUAAGGAUAACCGCAUGUGACUUUAGUCUAUGGUCGAAAAAGGCACUUAUACGUUAUCGUGAUCUUCGAAAUUUGACAAUUAUUAAUUCAUUUUAUCAUCAAUUAGAUAAAAAUGCAUUUAAAGCAUUAACACAAAUUGAAAUGAUUGACAUUUCAUUAAAUCAAUUAAAAUUAAUAUCAAACGAAACAUUUUGUUCGCUAUCAAAUCUUGUUUCUUUAAAUAUUUCAUACAAUAUUCUUCAAACAAUAAACGAUUCAUUUAAUGAAUGUUCACUUGAUAUUAAAACAUUGGACAUUUCAAAUAAUUACAUUAAACAAUUGACCCCAUACGCCUUUUCCAAGUUGAAACGUUUGAAUGUACUCGAUUUAUCGGAAAAUGAGAUAAACACAAUUGUGGAUAAAGCCUUCCAUGGUCUUAGGUCCUUAAGGACUCUUGAUCUUUCCAACAAUAGAAUAAGUACCCUACCCGCUCAACUGUUCAAAGAGGCUGUGAAUUCAUUGAAAGAAUUGAAACUCAGAAAUAAUUCCAUUAUUCACAUUGAAAUGGAAUUAUUAUCAAAUAUGAAUCAACUUGUUGUACUUGAUUUAUCAAAUAAUUUAUUAACAAAUCAAGGUUUAGAAACAGAGGCAUUCACUGGUUUAAUACGUUUGGUUCUACUUGAUUUAUCAAAUAAUAAAAUUUCUAAACUUGAUCCAACAUUAUUUCGCGAUCUUUAUACACUUCAAAUUCUUAAUUUACGUUAUAAUGACAUUGCAACAAUAUCAGCCGACACAUUUUCACCAAUGAGCAAUCUACAUAGUCUCGAAAUCUCCCACAAUCGUCUCGAGUACCUUGAUGCGCAUUCACUGAGUGGCUUGUUUGCAUUGUCCCUCUUGAAUAUGGAUUUCAACCUGUUGGAGGACAUUCAUCCAGAAGCGUUUCGCAAUUGCUCAAGUAUACAAGAUCUUCAUUUGUCGGGUAACAAUUUUCCCGUUAUACCAAUUGCAUUAAAAGACAUGCGUCUUUUGCGUACACUUGAUUUAGGUGAAAAUUGUUUACAAACAUUGGAAAAAUUUGAAGGCAUGUCAAAUCUUUAUGGUCUACGUUUAAUGGGCAAUGAAAUAAUAAACAUAACACAAGACGCACUCAUUGAAUUACCAGCGUUACAAAUUCUUAAUUUGGCAAAAAAUAAAAUACAAUAUAUCGAUGACAAUGCAUUUACAACAAAUCCAUCAUUACAGGCAAUACGUCUUGAUUCAAAUUUAUUGCAAGAUAUAACAAAAUCCUUUGUCAAUGCAACUAGUUUACUUUGGCUCAAUGUUUCUGAUAAUUUAAUCGAUGUAUUCGAUUAUAAUUUUCUACCUGAGAAAUUACAAUGGCUUGAUCUUCAUAAAAAUUCAAUAAAACAACUUGGUUUAGCCCCAAAAUUAUCACGUCUACAAACAUUGGAUGUAUCAUUUAAUAAAUUAAAAAAAAUACAUGGUAAUAAUUUACCAAAUUCAUUGGAAUUAAUAUUUUUAAAUGACAAUCUUAUUACAUUAGUUGAGCCACAAACAUUUUUUGAUAAGGAAAAUUUAACACGCGUUGAUCUUUAUUCAAAUCAAAUUGUACGUAUGGAAUUAUCGGCAUUUCAAUUGUCACAAGUAAAGGAAACGCCACCUGAAUUUUACAUUGGUGGUAAUCCAUUUAUUUGCGAUUGUACCACCGAAUGGUUACAGAGAAUAAAUCAAUUUAAUUUACGACAACAUCCAAAGGUAAUGGAUCUUGAAUUAGUUUAUUGUAAAUUACCAUACGAUCGUCGACGUUCAUUUAUAUCUCUAUUAGAAGCAAAAUCAUCACAAUUUUUAUGUAGCUACAAUACACAUUGUUUUGCAUUGUGUCAUUGUUGUGAUUUUGAUGCAUGCGAUUGUGAAAUGACAUGCCCUUUGAAUUGUAGUUGUUAUCAUGAUGAAUCAUGGUCGGCAAAUGUUGUCGAUUGUUCAAAUUCAGCUUAUGAAAUAAUACCAGGACGUGUACCAAUGGAUGCAACUGAAGUUUAUUUAGAUGGUAAUAAUUUUGGUGAACUUAAUUCACAUUCUUUUAUUGGAAGAAAAAAUCUUGAGAUAUUGUAUGCAAAUAAUAGUAAUAUUGAAAUGAUUAGUAAUAAUACAUUUAGUGGAUUAAAACGACUUGUCACUUUACAUUUGGAGCAUAAUUGUAUAAGUGCAUUUUAUGGAGCGAUACUUGUGCCAAUUGAAAAUUUAAAGGAAUUAUAUUUGCAAUAUAAUUUAUUGGAAUAUUUGGAUGAUGGAACAUUUCAAACAUUGAGAUAUUUGGAGGUGUUGCAUUUAAAUAAUAAUCGUUUGAAAAAUUUUGCAUUAUGGCAAUUGGGUAGAAAUCCAUAUUUAGUGGAUGUUAUGCUAUCGGGUAAUUUGUGGAAUUGUGAUUGUUCUUAUGUUGAUAAGGCAGGUGGAUGGAUGUUUCAAAAUAAAGAGAAGAUUAGCGAUUGGAGACAAAUUACAUGCUCAUUGGGUAUACCAAUGAUUACACUUGUUAAUGGUUCGGUUGUCUAUUGUGCCGCGUUAACUAACACAUCAUCAACAAUCAAAGUACGUCCCUUUGGUGCGUAUCUACCAUUAAUAUUGGUGAUUUGUGUACUUGCAUUGAUUAUUAUUGCCCUCAUUUGUGGUGUGAUGAGGCAUAAUCGUGUAUUACGUGCGUGGAGCGCUAGUCGUUAUCGAUUUCGUACAUGUUAUAAAACGGCGGCAUUUGAAGAUCGACAAAAACCAUUUGACGCUUGUAUUUCAUAUUCGGCAAUUGAUGAGGCAUUUGUGUCGGGUGUAUUGGUGCCGGGUUUAGAACAAUCUUAUAGAUUGUGUUUACAUUAUCGUGAUUUAUCAGAGGGCAAUGGAAUGAUGAAUGCAAUUGCCGAAGCCGCUGAAUCAUCACGUCGUACAAUAUUAGUGUUGUCGGACAAUUUUUUGCAAAGUGAAUGGAUCACUUGUGAAUUUAAAUUAGCAUUGAGAGAGGCACUUAAACGUAAAGAUCGUUCGGUUAUUCUCCUACUUGUUGGUGAGGCAUGCCCAAGGGAUUUGGAUAGGGAUUUGAAAAAAAUUAUUUCAACACACACUGUUCUUGUGUGGGGUGAAAAAUUAUUCUGGCGUAAAUUGAGGUUCGCAAUGCCUGAUGUCUUGACAAUUCCAGCGCUUGAGAGGCCACCGUUGCUGCCAACACCGCCACCACCGCCUCAAAUUCGUUGGGCAUAGGGGAAAAAAGAAAGAAAAACAUUUUUUCUGCAGACGCUGUAUCGUAAAUCACUGCCUUCUUCCGGACAGAAUCGACUCUUGAACGAAUGUAUAGGAAUUGUUCUUUGACUCGCGAAUCAAGGAAAAAGAAAAAAAAAAAUUUUAAAACGGAGUUGUUGUUAUACAGAUAUAAAUAUAUAUAUAUUAAAAAAAAAAAAAAAAUAAAUAAAUAGCACUCCGUAAUAUUUUUGAAUAAAAAUACUAACGAAACGUUUUUACAUUAAAAACUUUUUUGCUACUAGUAUUGAUCACGAAUUUUCAACAUUCAAGCUUUUGUCAACAUUUUUACAAAUUAUUGUAUAACAAAAAAAAAAAAAAAAAAAAACAAAGAUCUUACUAAUGUUUCAUAUGGAGUAUAACUUCGAGGAAAAAAAAAAUAUAAAUAUAAAUGCUCGCAUUUGAUAAGCAGUUUGAAAUUACUGGUGUUUUUUUUCAUUUAUAUAUUUUUUUUUUUAACCAAGUACUUUUUUUUCCCCCUUGGCUUAUAGCUUUUCCCUUGGAUAGUAAACAACAACCGCCAUUAAUUUGAAGCUAGAAGAUACUUUCGUAAAUUUGCUCUGGAAACGGAAGCACGUAUUCCGUCACGUUACAGAUCAAGCACGAACCGGAGGGAGAUGUUUUCAAAUAUAAGACACGAAUUUUCUUCACUUUUAUAUUAAUUACUUUUUUUUGAAAUUAACUUUUUCUAAUUGCAUUUUUUUUCUUCUUUCCAUAAAGGGAAACAAUUUUUUUUUUAAUAGAAAUAUAUAUGAUAUGGCAAUUUUUACUAUUUUUAUCAAUUUCGUAAAUAAAGCAAAAAAGAUUAAAUAAGUUUUAAUUGAAUAUCGAGUGUAAUAGAUAGCAAAAAAAAAAAAAAAAAGAAAGACAUUUUAUUUUAUUUCGAGAUAAAAUGAAACUGUGGAAUUCAUUAAAAACUCGAUCAUUAAAGUGGCAGUAAUUAUUUUUACAUGUAUAGAACAAUUUCGAG